CGAGAACGAAUAUAUAUACUCUAUGGCUUCUGGAAACAGCAGUUCUUCUCCCCAUCGCGACCAGCCCCCAUCCCCAUCCCCAUCCAGUCAUCCACGUCUCUCUCUCUCACACACGACACACACUUGCUACAAGAACCCUAGUUUUUAACUUGAAUAGUUGGUGAUCAAAACCCUAAUUUUCCUAAUCUUUGGCUCUGAAACUAAGGUCUAGCUUGUUUCAACAUUUCUCUUCAACAAAAGCUUCAUUGAAGGUCUAUUUGGAUCAAUUGGAAUUUGGAAGUUAAGGCCCUUUGCCAGGGGUGCUUUUUGAUAAUGAGGCAUCUUGGUAGUGGUCAUUUUGUGUUUGCAAAUGUGCAAGGGACUUCUAAGUGGCCUACAAGAUGGAGCAAAAUUUAGAAGUUAGCUAACAACAUACUGUUCACUUUUGCAUUGAGUCACAUCUUGCCGUCGCAUAUCGUUCUAUAUCUAUCACCUGUUUGAAAAUUCUCCGAAGUGCGAAAUACUUGCAUAUUUCUUCUUAAUCAAUCAGAGAUUUACAGAACUUCCAUUUAGGUUGAGGCAGUCCCAAUGGCGUUUGAUUUGGACCCUUUUGAUGAUAUCCUUCCUGAUCCUGCUACGAAGAUUGCUAGGGCUGGUGGCAAAUUUCAACCUAAGGCCAAACCCCGACCAAGAAAUGGUUCAUCCGUGUCAGUCACUUCCACACAAUUAGUUCAGACUGUUGAUGUUGUGGAGAAUGGAUCAACUGAUCUGUAUUCAUCUUUGUCUACCUCAGAGGCUCUCAGGACUAAAGAACCACUGGGAAACUGUAAAGAUUCUUUGUCAGGAGUUCAUUCUUCCGAUGACAAUAAAAGCUCUGAAUCAGUGAACCCCUCAUUAGAAUAUGUUGUCGUUAGAGAGAGUGUGGACCCCGUAGAUGGUUUGCAAUCACACUCUGUAAUGCCUGAAACCAAUGGAGAUUGGCAUUCUGGGUUUUUUUUUGGGUUGGAAUCUUUUAAUGAUUUUUUUUCUCAAUCUACAACGGGAACAGUGAGCACUGCAAAUAGGUCUCCACCUAAGAUGGACAUGGAUGCUGAACUAAAGAACAAUUUCUCAACGCCCUGUACUGUAAAUGCAGAGGCAGAAGAUUCUGUUGUGUCUUCAAAGAUGACAAAUUUUAAUGUUUCUGAUACCAGAAACACAGAAGAGGGACUUGUUAUUCCCGCGGUUUCUUCCUUUGAUGUCUCAACCUCUAGGGCAUAUAAUGCUGCCCCAGCUCCCACCUGUUCUGAAAUUUCCAUGGGCCUAGCUCCUAGAUCCUGUGAAGAAGCUGCUGUUUCUAAUAGCGGUGGAGAUUUUUAUGUAGAUGAUCGAAGGUUGGAAACAGAGUUUCAGGAUAUGGAGGUGUUUCCUUGCCUGGAUAAGCUAGAUAUUAUGUCCAAGUUAACCACUAGCUCAGGAUGGCGGACUGGCAAGUUUCAACCUAAGCCCAAGGUACACAUUGAUAAGGAGAAAUCGAGAGCUAGCAUCUCUGAUCAAGAUGCAGUUGAGUGCAUUUCAUGUCCCCAGGAUUCUCAGUUGGUUCAUUCUGAAGUUGAAUGCAUUGAUGAGAUCUCAAUCCCUGCAUUCCCACCUGACCAUGUUGUUGAUUUCUCCUCAUUGAGGUUUGGUGAUAUUCCCACGGAUCCUACAUCUGAACUCACAGUGAAUGAAGAACCAACAAAUAUUAUUGGGACUUCUCAAUCAGACGCUGACAACCCUGGACAACAAAUGGAGACUGUUCCUGAAAUGCCUGGAGAAGUUGUUAUUCAGAGGGCUAAGCAUAGAAAAAGAAAAACUAAUGCGAUAUCAGAUCUUUCAUUGGAACAUCAAAAUGUUUCCACAUCUGUUCAAGAGAAUGAAGUCCGCAGAACAGUGAGGCGGUUGAGAAAGCAGAUCAAUGCAUGUGAACUUGUUGAUGAGUCUGAGGAUGAGGGUCAUGAUUAUGCGGACUUCCCUGCAGAGUGUCCUAGUGUUUCUGUUGUAGACAAUGACACUGCAUAUCACGUGGAAAAUGAACCCCGAAAUAAAAGAUUGCCAAGAAAGUCCAAGAGACCUGUUGCCGAGAAAGAUAAGCCUGUUCGAAAACGUAACAAGGCCCAUGAAGUAACAGUUCAAUCUACAAAAGAGCCUCCUAAAAGGUUCUCUCACUCUACUCGGCGAAAUAAAAGGCGAGUGGACAAGGUUUUGCUGGAAACUCCAGAGGAUGAAAUUGACCUCCAGAAGUUGUGUAUCAGGGAUCUAAUUCUGCUUGCUGAGCACCGGGAGCGAAUGGUGAAUAAAGAGGCGACAACAUCAGAAACACCAUUAACCAAUCACAGUGGCAGUAAUUCUUUUGCCCACUAUAAUGAUGAGACCCUUGCUUCAGAUAAUGGCGGAAUCUCUGACGUUGAACAAACAAUUCCUAGAGUUCAGGAGAGCUCUACCUGUUAUAAUUAUCAGUCUUUCAUGGACAAAACACCCAUUUCAAGGUGGUCGAAACAGGAAACGGAAUUGUUCUACGAGGCGGUGCGGCAGUUUGGUACAGAUUUAUCAAUGGUACAGCAACUUUUCCCUGAUCGGACACGUAGGCAAGUUAAGUUGAAAUACAAGAAAGAAGAGCGUCAGCACCCCUUGAGGCUUCGUGAAGCUCUAACUAAUCGCUCCAAAGAUCAUUCCCAUUUUGAACUAGUAAUUGAGCGCCUGCAGCAAGUUGCAGCUCUGGGAAAAGAAAACAAUGCAGAUGACUCAUAUGGCUUGACAGGAGAGCAGGAGGUGGAGUUGACUCCCGAAACUAAUGAGGUGGUAGCAAAAUCUGAUGAGCAGGUUGAGGAAAAAGUUGAGGAUAUGGAACCCGACUUAUUGGAAGUCCAGAGUCCUUUGAAGUCUUGUGACAGUGAAGAUGACUUGUAUGGAUGGAGUCAAUAUAAAAGUGAAUUCUAGUGAUACUGACUUCUGUCGCUAUAACAUAGUUCAUUACUCAUAUUUAUUUGUGCUUAAGCAAUUAGUUUAGAAUAUAAUCUUUCGUUUUCAGAUGAUCGCUUUUCAUAUAUGUUAAGAAUUUGAGAGAUUUUGUUCCCAACUAAUCUGAGUGUCUCCAGAUAUGAUGUGGAAAUAUAC